UAACGCGAAUCACUCUUUGGUCAACGAUUUUAAUUGGUACUUCCAUCGGUUGAUUGGUGAUUUCAGUGAUUGUGUUAUUAAGUAUUAUCAAACCGUACCAUGGAGCCGCUCGAGGUUGAACUUGCCGGCUUCUACGCCAAGGAAAACUCGCAGGAGAACCACACCGAACUAUACGAUCUGGUUAACGCCGAACAACCCACCCCCAUUUUUCGCAGGGGGUGCAACUUUUAUUUUUCGGUCAGGUUCAACAGGGACUACGACGAGGAGAACGAUGUUGUGAGGAUAGGCUUUGGAUUCGGUGAAAAACCGAAUGUAAUGAAGGGGACAAGAGUGAUAAUUCCUCUUGAUCCCAAGAAGCAAAGCCUGGACGAAGACCCCUUUAGAUGGAGCAUGAUAGUAACUAAUCAUUCCGGCAACACUCUCCAACUUCAAGUGCACAUUCCUGCAGGCGUUCAAGUCGGCAUUUGGUCCAACACCAUACAAACAAACAUUAAAGGAACCAGAGUACAAAGAAACGAUUACAAGCAUCCGGAAGAUAUUUACAUUUUGUUCAAUCCGUGGUGCCCCCAAGAUGGCGUCUACAUGGAAAACGAGGAGGAACGAAAGGAGUACGUCGAAAACGAAAACGGCAAAAUUUGGUGCGGUACUUUCAAGAAACCGACCGGUAAGCCGUGGAUUUUCGGCCAGUUCGACGAAAUUUCCCUUCCCACUGCUGUAUUUUUGUUGGAAAAGUCAGGACUAGCACCUGCAGAGCGAUGCUCCCCCAUUAUGGUCACCAGAGCCAUAUCCGCAGUGAUCAAUUCUGUGGAUGACGGCGGCCUUCUGGAAGGUAAAUGGGACGGCGACUACAGCGACGGCACCUCCCCACACGCCUGGACCGGCUCCACCAAAAUCAUGGAGCAGUACUUGAUGUCCGGUGGUGAACCAGUGAAAUACGGUCAAUGUUGGGUGUUUUCGGCUGCCACCGUCACAGUUUGUAGGGCCCUGGGAAUCCCCUGCCGUUCCACCACCAAUUACGUCUCCGCCCACGACACCAACUGCUCCUUGACCGUUGACAAGUACUUUGACAUCUUCGGAGACAAAAUCGAGAACGGACCUGAAGGUGACUGCAACGAUUCCUGCUGGAACUUCCACGUGUGGAACGACGUUUGGAUGACAAGACCCGACUUGCCUCCAGGGUACGGAGGUUGGCAAAUUAUAGACGCCACUCCCCAAGAGCUCAGCGGUAAUCAGUUUAGGUGUGGGCCAGCUUCCGUAGAAGCAGUGCGUAAGGGAGAAGUGGGUUACCUGUUUGACACAGCUUUCGCCUUCUCCGAGGUGAACGCUGAUGUAGUCCAUCUGCAGGAAGAUCCGGAAUCUGAAUGGGGCUUCAGGAGGACCUCCAUCAACAGCUAUCACGUGGGUAAAAAGAUUUUAACCAAAAAGGUGGGUGUGACCGACGACAAAGGUGACUCAGACAUGUGGAACAUCACCAAACAAUUCAAGAACAAGGAAGGAACGGAAGCUGAACGUUUGGCGGUGUACAACGCAGUGAGAGGCGUACCAAGGGCUCAACAGUUCUACGAACUACCAAACAAAGACCAAGAGGACGUGGAAUUCGAUUUGGUCGACAUUGACACAGUACCACUUGGUCAACCGUUCCAGGUGGUGGUCAAAAUUCAAAACACAUCGUCGGAGGAAAGAAACGUUAGCGCUGUCCUGUCAGCAAGCUCCAUUUUUUACACAGGGGCGGCAGCACAAAGCAUCAAAAAGUCCCAGGGCACGUUUAAGGUGAAAGCUGGUGAUCACGAAGUACUAACACUUGACGUACUGCCUGAGGAGUACCUGCACAAGCUGGUGGACCACAGUUUGCUCAAAAUUUAUGCCAUCGCCAACGUACAUGAGACCAAACAAACUUGGAGUGAAGAGGACGACUUCACCAUGACCAAGCCUGACAUCAUCAUUUCCCUUGCUGGCGUCUGCAGGGUUGGACAACAGUGUUCCGCCGAUUUCAGCUUCACUAACCCUUUACCAAUCCCGUUGACUGAGUGUUUCUACACGGUGCAAGGCCCUGGUUUGGAGAAGCCGAAAACAAUUCCCUUUAGGGAUGUUGAGCCCCACGAACACGUUUUAUUCCGGGAAGUAUUCCAGGCUGUUAAAACUGGGGAGCGGGCGAUUGUGGCGUCGUUCACGUCGAAAGAGAUGCAAGGAGUUUCUGGCACAACCACUAUCAAUAUUGGUGAAUAAUACUGCACUGCUUUUGUAUUUUUAUAUGUAUAACUUUUAUUUACAUUAUUAGAAAUGUUGUAUCAGUAUUCGAUGUUAUUAAUUGCUUAUAAUUAGAUGUUGUAAUAAC